CUUCAACGCAGACCGGUUACCUGAAUUUUACGCGAUCGCUCCCACGCAGUUGAAUUCGGAUUUCAGGGUGUUUACACAAUUGAGAAGCUAACAGUCUACAGAUUUCGGACUCUUUUGUUGAAGCAAACCGGCCCUGAGAAAACAAGGAACGAGGCGGCCUCGAAAGAGUCCGUGUCUGUCCGACCAAGGCGGGGAUUAGGUUAGUAGAUAGCAGGUGGUGAAGUUGUCGAGAGAGAAACGCACGUUUCGCAAUCGGUCAACAUGCCUCCCAAGAAGACCAAGGGUGCCAAGGGCAAGUCUGCCGAGGGCAAGUCAUCGCCCUACGCUCCGGCCAUCUCAGAGAAGUGUGCCAUCUUCCUGGGUGAACUGUCAGGACCAAUUCUUGCAUCACAUGGCGUCAACGACAGUGGCAUCAACAUUGGGGCCAUAAUCCGCAUGGAGACUCAUGAGGGAGCCGAUCCUCACAUUGCCCUCUUUCUGCAUUUUCCCGACGGCGCAGAUAAUGAGGACGAAGGUUCCGGUAUCCGCUUCAUCUGCUCGAAGUCUACAGGCUCAUACGAUCCAUUUCCGACUCUCCGAAUCGUGAUUCGAUUUCACCGCGAGAAAUGGACCCAAAAGUUUGAGGAGGCAUCUCCCGAACUACUCAGCAGAUUCCCUGCGCUGCAGAAAGGCCCUGGCACGACAAUUAUCACAUUCUCAAGCGACGUGGAUGACGACGACAGAGUCUCGAUCGAAGGCUUGGGUAUGGCCUACAUCAACAAGUCGGAACCCGAGCUCGAGAAGUUCGUGAACGAGAACGGCUCUCUUCACGGAGUCACUCUAUCCGACUUCAUCCGCCGCAAAACCUUUCAUGUGUUCAUGAUCAGAAAGGGUACACCAACUCACAUACAGAAGGGCUUCGGCUUCGAGAGACUGCCGCCAUCCUUCGACUACCCGUACGGCGAUGACCACAGCUUCAAUCCCGAACGCUGCGUAGAGCUUCUAGCCAAAAACCCGCGCAAGAAGGCAUUCAACUCCGUCCACAGUUUCAAGGAUGCUAACUCGAUGUUGACCGUCACAACGCAGUCCUUACUCCAGGACAGCUUGUAUGUGUGGCAGCAGGCUCAACUCAUCGUUGCUGUCAAACUGCGCGCCUACUUCGUCCCCAAUCCUGAACGCAAGAAUAGCUACUUUGUUAUUCUUCAUCUUCCCAAGGCGUUCAUGGACCAAUACAAGCCCGCCUGGAGCCGCCUAUUGGAGCAGCAAAAGUCUUUGCUUGUGUGGGAAAAUGAGGACGAUGAGAAGCCAUCUGGGUCUUGGCGGUGUAAGUUCAAGCCGUACGGGAGCCGCAGCCCAGCUCUCGAGUCUCAUCCUCUUGGCGAGUCUGAAGCUGUGCUUUCCGCCUUACGCCCGUACCCCCAUGAGCCUGGAAGUCGAUGCAACCGAAAGAUCAUCGCUGUCAACAAGUGGAACGAGCUGGAUUCCGAUAGUGGUCGUCUCGCCCAACUCACAAUGCGCGGGCAAGGCUACGCGGAGUGGAUUAUGAAGCCUGGUCCUGCAGCUGAAGGCGAAGAUGUGACCGGUCUCACUGAGGCCAUGGCGUCCGCAACCGUCAUCGAGACCCCGCCUUCUCUCCGUCGUCUGCACAAGGUGUCAUUUUUGCCUGGCAAUAAUGUCCGCUACGAGGAGGCUCUGACGAGCAUAUCACUGGAGGAAGACCGAGAACGGUGGCGCACGUUUUGCCGCCAGGUUCUGUUGGGAAUCAUGAUCAUCACCGCAGGUCCGGGUUAUGGAAAGACCACCGAAAUGGCGAAGACCACGCUCGCCAUGGAACAUAGCAUCGGUCCUGUCUUCUGUACGGCGCCAACUCACGUGGCUGUUACCAAUUUCGCGGUCCGGGUCGAUAAGGUAACCAGUGAAGUUUGUCGGCGGUACAACGAUAAUCUUCCUGAGGGGACGCCGCGAGCUCACCAUCGAAUGGUCCUACGGGGUUACAAGCGGGACCACGAGCUUGACGCCUUCAAAACUCUGCUGCAAGACCCCCUCCUUGGCGACCUGGCCGCUCCUAAGCUACCAGAUAGCACGGCGCCGUGGCGCCUUGAGUUAUCUGUGGCCUUCUGGCUUCUGGUGCUUUUGCGCUCCCCUGCUGUCCGAGACCUCCACAGAGACGACAAAGAGGCGUUGCAUCAGCUCCAACGCGAAGUUGACACUCGACGAGACUGGGCUGGCCUUCGAGCCGUGGCCACUGGCAAGAUCACGUGGGACGAAUACACCAGCCAAUUUCCUGCCCACCAGAGGACAGUGUCAAUCGUCAUGGAUCAACUUGUCAACAUGGCAGACAUUCUGGCUACGACCCCCUCCCAGUGUGUCUCCGUCAAAGAGGUGUACCACCGUUGGUGGGCGCAAGCGAAAGCCGUCGCAAUCGAUGAGGCGGCCAACAUGGACCGCGGCGACCUGGCGAGCGCUUGGGGCAACAAGAUGCUCCCGUUGCUGUGUGGCGGAGACACCGAACAGCUCCCACCGACUGUUUUGACCGAACAGUACGACGUCGACGCCGCCGGGCUUGUUUUCAAUCAGUUCUCGAACGACGGCAGCGUGUCAGCCCAGGGCUUCCUUAUGGCAUCAGGGCACCUGGCGUAUCGGUUGCGCCUGCAACUCCGAACCGCCGAUGGUCUAUUCGACAUCGUUGGUAAAAUCAUCUAUCCGGACAUCCCAGGAGCGCUUCCCGGAACUGAUUGCGCCCGCAAAGGGCAAGUUGCGCCAAUCUUCAUUCACUGCCCCGACACAGUGGUGAAGAUUGAUCACGUCAACGGUGGCAAAAGAUGCCUCGACCAGGUUCACGCCGCCCUCAACAUGGCAUCCGAAUUCGUUACGAAGAAGUCCGUUGACCCUUCGAAGCUCGUUAUCCUGUCGUCUUACAAGACGAAUGUGGACUUCCUGAACAAAUGGGCAGAGAAGCACUACCCCGAGCUUGCCAACAUGAGCCCUGCAUCAACUAUUGGCGGUUACCAGGGUCGCGAAAACGACAUUGUCUUCGUUGUCAUGGGCACCAAGGCCCGCAACCCAGGCCCCGGGUUCACGAAGAACCGAAACCGCCUUAACGUCCUCCUCACGAGGCAACGGUGCGGUCUCGUUAUCUUUGGCGACAUCAACGUCGUCGGGGAGAUGAGCCCGAAGGACUUCGGAACCAUGCCGCAGCUGGACCUCCCAGCUGCAUCGAACUUCACAAUGCCAAAGGCCCCGCAGUACACUGUGUGCAAACCCAGGGCUGAUGGCAGCGAAGGGACCCUGAAGCAGAGCGCGCCCGAGCAAUACCGGAUCUGGCUCUUUCUAUGGCAAAGUGGCAGAGUAGCUACCUUGUCUGUCAAAAACCUUGGCAACCCCGGCAGAAGCGCUGAGACGGGAGUCAAGGAGGGGACUUUGGAGGGGGCUCAGGAGGGGGCUCAGGAGGGGGCUAAAGAAGAGGCCAAGGAAGAGGUCAAGGAGGAGGCCAAGGAGGAAGCUGAGGAGGAAGCUGAGGAGGAGGCCAUGGUGGCCGACACCAAGGAGCCCGAGAAGAAGGGCGAUGACUAG